CCCACCACCCAUUCUCUCUCUCUCUCUCACUCUGGCCCUCUAGGCUACCGGUAGCACUUGUCUCUACUUUCUUGCAACCACUCACUGUGAAUAUAAUUCCAAAACUCUCUCUCUCUCUCUAAGUGCUAUUGAAACACACACUGAAACUUGUUCACAUCUCCCAGAUGGACAUGAAGUUUUCCUUGUAAAUAUCAUUCCCACCUCUCUCUCAACCCCAAUAUUCUCAGUAAGUGAACUUGACAAAAUGGAGAUGAAAUUUUCUCCACAGAGUCUCUACUUAGCCUCCAGUAUGAGAAAGAGUAGUAGCCAGACAAACCCACAGGACCAAUCGGAGAGGCUACAUCAUAAUGAAGAAGAUCUUCGCAGAAGGAGUUCAGGAAGUUUCAAUUUGCAGAACCUGUCCAAGCUCAUGCUGCCACCAUUGGGUGCUUCGAAUUAUAACCAGAAUCAAAUUGAACCCAAAUGGUGGAUCAUUUCUCCUAUGAAUUCAAGAUACAGGUGUUGGGAGACAUUAAUGGUGGUUUUGGUAGCUUACUCGGCAUGGGUAUACCCAUUUGAGGUUGCAUUUCUCAACUCUCGUCCCAAGAAACAACUCUACAUCGCCGACAACAUUGUUAAUCUCUUUUUCGCCGUCGACAUCGUUUUGACAUUUUUCGUAGCAUUCUUUGAUCCAACAACUCAGCUGCUUGUUCGCCAAACCAGGAAAAUCGCUACCAGGUACCUAUCAACAUGGUUCCUAAUGGAUUUGGCAUCAACAAUUCCAUUCGAGGUCCUGGCAUUCUUAUUUACAGGCAAACAUCAUGUGGGUGUCUCUUACUCCAUCUUAGGAUUGCUCAGAUUUUGGCGUCUGCGACGGGUGAAGCAAUUUUUCACCAGGCUUGAAAAGGACAUCAGAUUCAGCUAUUUUUUGGUCAGAUGUGCUAGGCUCUUGUUUGUAACAUUGUUUCUAGUGCAUUGUGCUGGAUGCCUAUACUACCUGCUAGCUGAUCGAUAUCCACAUGAAGGCCGGACAUGGAUAGGGGCAGUGAAUCCGAAUUUCAGAGAGUCAAGCCUUUGGAUUCUAUACAUUUCAGCAAUGUAUUGGUCAAUCACCACAAUGACCACAGUUGGCUAUGGUGACCUACAUGCACAGAACACUUUGGAAAUGAUCUUCAUAAUUUUCUACAUGCUCUUCAACCUUGGCCUAACUGCUUAUAUCAUCGGUAACAUGACAAAUUUGGUUGUUGAAGGCACUCGUCGGACCAUGGAAUUUAGAAAUAACAUUGAAGCGGCAUCAAGCUUUGUGUGUCGAAACCAGUUGCCUCCAAGGUUGAAAAAUCAGAUACUAGCUUAUAUGUGUUUGAGGUUCAAGGCUGAGAGCUUGAACCAGCAACAACUCAUUGAACAGCUACCAAAAUCGAUAUGCAAAAACAUCCGCCAGCAUCUAUUUUUGCCAACGGUUGAGAAGGUCUAUCUUUUUAAGGGUGUCUCUAGGGAAAUUCUCUUGCUCCUGGUUUCAGACAUGAAGGCCGAGUACAUCCCACCAAGAGAGGAUGUAAUAUUGCAAAAUGAAGCAGCCGAUGAUGUUUACAUCAUUGCAUCAGGAGAAGUGGAAAUGAUCGAGUGUGAAAUGGAGAAAGAGCGAAUCGUUUGGACUUUAAAAUCUGGGGACAUGUUUGGAGAAGUUGGUGCACUUUGUUGUAGGCCACAAAGCUUUACAUAUCGAACCAAGACGCUUUCCCAAUUGUUGAGGCUGAAAACCAGGGCUCUACUAGAAGCAAUGCAGACCAAACAAAAAGAUAAUGUUGAAAUACUCAAAAAUUUCCUUCAGCAUCACAAAAAGCUCAAGGAUCCGCAUUUUGGGGAUUUGUCUCUUGAUGGUGGGGAAGAUGAUGAUGACCCAAACCUGUCUAUCAACUUGAUUACUGUUGCCAGUACAGGCAAUGCCGCUUUUCUUGAUGAACUUCUUAAAGCAAGGUUGGACCCUGACAUUGGAGAUUCCAAAGGACGGACUCCAUUGCACAUAGCAGCAUCAAAAGGGCAUGAAGAAUGUGUGUUGGUGCUCCUCAAUCAUGGGUGUAACAUACACUUGCGAGAUCAUGAUGAAAACACUGCAUUAUGGGAUGCUAUAUCAGCAAAGCAUCAUUCCAUAUUUCGGAUAUUGUUCCAUUGGGCUUCUACCUCUGAUCCCUAUGCUGCUGGCGACCUUUUAUGCACAGCUGCAAAGAGGAACGAUCUGACUGUGAUGAAUGAACUCCUGAACCAAGGAUUACAUGUUGACUCCAAGGAUCGCCAUGGGCUAACAGCUAUCCAAGUUGCAUUGAAAGAAAACCACGUAGAGAUGGUUAAGCUUCUUGUGAGGAAAGGAGCUGAUGUUAAUUAUACAACUAAAUGCAAGCUUUCUUCUGUUAAUUUGAAUGAAAUGCUACAACAACGAGAGGUAGGACACCGAAUAACAAUGCCUGAUACCUCAUUGGAUGAAGUAGCUUUUCUGAGACAUGAAGAAGAGUAUGAGUACAACUGGGGGAGAUCGAGGGGACCAUGUUCGGCCAGGGUUAGCAUAUACAGAGGCCACUCUUUUGUCAGGAGAGAAACUUGUUGCACAGAAGCUGGGAGGCUAAUAAGGUUACCAACUUCACUGGUGGAGCUUAAGAGCAUUGCAGGUGAGAAGUUUGGAUUUGACGCAACCAAUGCACUGAUAACAGAUGAACAAGGAGCAGAAAUCGACUCCAUUGAAGUGAUAAGAGAUAAUGACAAGCUUUUCUUAAUUGAAGAUCCAAUUUCCUUAUUGUGAUCAAAGAUCAUGAACUGAAGCAAUUCUUCUCAAGAAGCUCAGAUAUAUACAUAUGUUUGCAUUUACUGACCUUACGUAAAAUCAAUAGAAUUUCUUUUUCACUUCUCGUCUGAGGAACAAUAGCAUCAUGCGUAGCACCAUUUGCCAUGCCAAUCUUUCAUACUUUUUUUUUUC